ACUAACUUCCUCUUUCUCUCUCUCUCUUUCUCUCUGAGUUUUUAGAGAGAGAGAGAAAGUGAAAGAUGAUAAAAAUCGUCUUCACAUAUUUAUAAAAUAAUAAAUAAUAAUUAUUUUUAUAUACAUGGAUGAGAAUGAGAUUCCUAUCACGCAAAAACCGAAAGCUUAAAAAAAGGGAGAGAGAGAGAGAGAGAGAGAGAGAGAGAAAUUGGGAAAUUCGGAAUAAUCGAAACUUUAGCGUAAUGUGAUUUAGGGUUUUUCUUUUAUUUUUUUUCUCUUUUUUGGUUUGGGAAAUUUUAGGCAGAGAUCGGGUCUCGCCGAAAUUUCCGGGAGCGAAAAAAUCGGGUCGGAUUUUGAUUUACUCAAAGUUCAUCUGGGAUGGAAGCACUGAAUACAUUGGAAGCAGGAACUAAUUAUGAUUAAUAAUCAAUUUGUCUUGAUAGGAAGAUGAUACUUGUUUCAGAUUACGAAGGAGUUGUUUUCGAAGUUGUUAUUCAUAGAUUCCUCCUUCUCCUUUGAAUUAAAAAGGGAACUUAAUGCUGAAAAGAAACGCUGAAGCUUUGAUUUGAGUUUCUAUUACGCAUUAUUGCCUGGAUUGGAAUAGUUUUGUGGACUGCACUUCUCUCACAAAUGGUGUUCAGAGAUUCACUUAAGGAGACAAAGAUGAAAGUAGAAGGGGCAGAAUACGAAUCACCCGUAAUGGCUGGUUUGCAAGGUCAUGUCUCAUCGCAGCCUCCAAUGUCUUUCAAUCACGACUUGAGAGUUUCACAAGAUGAUUGGCAUCUUUUGGCUUAUAUUCUCUUGGCUAAUAAGACUAACAUGAAAGGUGUGGGGCAAGGUUUGCUGGACGAGGAAGUGCGUGCUUUAACUCUGGGCUAUAUAGGACUAAAUGGAAAGAAACCUUUAAUUGUGGCAAGGUCUGGAGAAAAUCAUGAUGGACAAGCAUCUGACAACAGUCUCCUACCAGGACUUAAUGAUGACAUGGCUCUGGACAUUCUGGCGCGGAGCAGCAGAUCCGAUUACCCAAAUCUGGCUUGUUUAAACAAAAGAUUUAGGUCACUGAUUGGCAGUGGAUAUUUAUAUAAACUGAGAUGCCAGCUUGGCAUAAUUGAACACUGGGUUUAUUUAGCCUGUAACAUGAUGCCUUGGGAAGCUUUUGAUCCUGUGACAGAGAAAUGGAUGAGACUACCUAGGAUUCCUUGUGACGAGUGUUUUAAUUAUGCUGAUAAGGAGUCUCUGGCAGUGGGGACUGAAUUACUUGUGUUUGGUCGUGAGUUGUCAGGAUUUGCUAUUUGGAUGUAUAGUUUGAUUACCCAUGAUUGGUCCAGAUGCCCCCUAAUGAAUUUGCCUCGAUGUUUGUUUGGUUCUAGCAGCCUUGGGGAGAUAGCCAUUGUAGCUGGGGGAAGUGAUAAGUAUGGCAAUGUAUUAAAAUCCGCUGAGCUCUACAAUUCUGAGCGGGGUUCUUGGCAAACCUUGCCAGAUAUGAACUUCCCACGGAAACUGUGUUCUGGUUUCUUUAUGGAUGGGAAAUUUUAUGUCAUUGGGGGCAUGUCAAGUCAUGUAGAUGGUUUGAAUUGUGGUGAAGAGUACAAUAUUGAGACAAGGUCAUGGAGGACGAUAGAAAAUAUGUAUUAUGGUAACAAUGGCGGUGCAUUUCAUCCUGCUAUGCGCUCACCUCCUUUAGUUGCAGUUGUAAAUAAUCAGCUUUACUCUGCUGAUCAAGCAACAAAUGAAGUCAAGAAAUAUGACAAGAUUAAUAACUCGUGGAAUGUUGUGAAGAGACUACCUGUUAGGGCUGACUCUUCCAAUGGUUGGGGACUGGCAUUUAAAGCAUGUGGUAACAGUUUACUAGUAAUAGGAGCCGGAGGACAUGGAGGGCGUGAUGAUGGAGUAAUCGUUCUUCAUUCGUGGGAUCCAGAGCGUGGAAACAGGGAUGGACCAGAGUGGGAUGUGCUUGCUGUCAAGGAGCGAGCAGGUGCUUUUGUUUACAAUUGUGCAGUAAUGGGCUGUUAAUGAUUCUCUGCACAUCUUCAGUGCAGAUAUGGAUGGUGUGAAGACCAGCGAGCCUUUAUCAGUUAUGAUUUUUAUUUUCUCAUUAUCAUUUAUGUUAUUAUUGUUUUUUCGCAUUUAUGGUUCUUGAAAAGAAUAAUUAACCGCAAAUCAAUUUCUGAAAGUUUGGCAACUGAUUGUGUAGAUCUCAUUACCGAAAGCUUUAACCUCAUACCAAGUAAUGACUGUUGCCAUUUCUCUUGUACUUUGCAUUGAAUUCAUUUCUUUGAAUGUUACAAUAUUAAUUCUUCA